GGCGCUGGGCGCUGGCCCGGGGGUGUCCCCGGUCCAGAGUGCGGCGGUGGCGCGGAGGGGACGCGGCGGCGCCGGGGGACACCGGGGCCAUGUUCAUCCUCUUCGCCAUCACCUUCGUAGCCAUCACCAUCCUCCUGCUCGUGUUCCACAUCAUCCGCAAGCUCUGCCAGGAGCCCGUGCCGCCCCCCGCCUACCGGCACCCGCAGGGCCCCGAGCCGCCCCCGCCCCACAGAGACCCCCAGCCCCCCCCGCUGGGCCUGAUGCCCACCCUGCCCAGUCUGCCCAGUCUGCCCAGUCUGCCCAGCGGGGCCAUCCCCGUGGGGCCGGAGCCCCCGCCCUACAGCGAGGUGACAGCGAAGCCCUUCCUGUACCCCCUGCCCCAGGGGCCGUGCCCCGAAUGCGGCCACAACCCCACAGCUCAGCCCCCCUGCGCCGCCCGGACCUAGAGCUGACCCCCUCCGAGGACAGCUGGUGACAACCCUCCCCCUGACUCAGGGGGACACGGACCCUUCGGGACCACCCAGCUGGCCGGGUCCACGUGCCCCCCUUUCCCCAAGAGAAUUCCCCUAUUUUUUAUAUUUUAAAGUGUGGAGAAUUCUG